GCGUUCGAUUUUUCAAGCCCCUCGCGGCUCUGCCUCCCUAUCGCUCUUGUCCUCCUCACCUACUCCACUCUCUCGGCUCGGCGAACGUGUGGACGCUGCACACACGGCCUUUCUCGCCGUCGUCGCCGGGAACAAGUGUGCUCGCGCGCGGAUAAAUAAACAAACAUAUAGGAGCUCGCGCGCGAGUGUCCGAGGACAAAAAAGCCAAGUAAAGCGCGCGCAGCAUGUGUCCAGCUGCGCAUAGGAGCAGUAAUAAAAACGAGUGUCUACUCUGAAAGGAAAAAAACCCCAUUAAGCGAUCCAGUGUGCAGUGCGCGUAUAUAUAGGUAGCCUCCGUGCUGUCAGUGCAGUUAGACCAUCGGAGGGUAGCUGGUCUGAUAGCUAGGAAAAGUGUGUAAGUAGCUGGUGUGCGCUUGCGUCUCGCGGACGGAAAUACGCCGCCCGCUGCUGCUCGCGGCGUAUACACUCGCGAUAUGGCACACUUGCGCGCGGAAUGCCAGUGCGUGACCGGAAUUCGCGGCAGCCGGAAUUUCCCUCGUACACAGCUAGCGUCUUCGUGCGUGCGAUAUCUCUCGACGAGCUGUAGUAGCUCUUUGAUUCGGGACUUUUGUAACGUGUGCGCGCACACACACGCACACACACGUAUACACCGAGAGCAGCGAUGAGAUGCAGCAGCGACUGAAGGUUGUGCAUAGGACGGGAUCGUAUAGUAGAAUAGCAGCGCGAUGACAGAGCUGGGGUGUAGCAGCAGACGAUCCUCGAGGCCUGCGGCACGACAUGGACGGGCCGCUGCUCUGCUGCACUACUACGCCGACUUAUAUAGCAAGCACAGCAAGCGGAUGGCAGCAGUGACUGUCCCCCUCUAAGCGUACAGCCGCUAUCGCUGUUUUAGCGCAGCCCCUUGUCAUCGUACUCGCGUCUCUACAAGCCUCAAGACGGCGACGACGCGACUCAGCAGUAUGCGGCAGGUGGUGGUGCUCGAGCCGGCGGGCAGUGUCCUGGUGAUCCGGCAGCACUCGCUCGGCAGCGCCACCACCACCAACGGCUCUUGCGCUACGAACCAGUCGACGACGGCGAGUUCGAAUGCCCUCGAGGUCACCGCCGCCAACACGCCAGCUGACCACAAUCAGAACAGGAUCGUCGUCGUGCGAUCCUCGGCGCUCCAGCCGCCGGCGGCUACAUCGGCCGAGAACAACGUCAACAACAACGUCAACAACAACAAUAACAAUAGCAGCGGGAGGACGACGUCAGCGCAGGUCGCCAAGACGAACGAACUGCGCCAGGAGCGCAGCCAAGGAAUCGGAGAUGGCAAAAAGGCCCAGUUGAACAGAACGAGCAAGGACGACUCCGCGGCUGUUUCGGAGUCGAAAAUCGCCGAGACGGCCGACGCCAGUGCAUUGAACGAUGGAGAUCCGAUCAAGCUGCCGGAGAAUUUGGAGACUUUGCCUCGCGCGGAGCAUUUCCCCACGCAGAGGCAUCGAUGGAAUACCAACGAGGAGAUCGCGGCGAUCCUAAUAAGCUUUCAGCGUCACGCAGAAUGGCAGAGUCGGGAGGUGAAGGUGCGACCCAGGAGCGGCUCGAUGCUGCUCUACUCGAGGAAGAAGGUCCGCUAUCGACGGGACGGCUACUGCUGGAAGAAGCGAAAGGACGGCAAGACCACAAGGGAAGAUCACAUGAAGCUGAAGGUCCAGGGCGUGGAGUGCAUCUACGGCUGCUACGUGCACUCGGCGAUCCUGCCGACGUUCCACCGGCGCUGCUACUGGCUGCUGCAGAACCCGGACGUGGUGCUGGUGCACUACCUGAACGUGCCCUAUCCGGACGGCGACGCCAAGCUCGCGGCUUUGCCGCCCUGUCUCGCUCUGCCGCCCGACAAGAAGGAGUGGACGCGCGACGAGCUGGCCUCGCAGCUCAGGCCGAUGUUCCUCGGCGGCGACGAGGUCGAUCCGGGAAUCGGCCUCGGACCCGGCCACCCGAGCCAGCACCCCGUCGACAUGAUCGUCUCCCAGCUGCUGGAUAGGCAGAGGGCCAGCGCCGUCAACUCGAGCGCGGCAGCCCAGCUCGCGCCGAGGAGGCUCACACCCGACAAUCAGGUCUCUUCGACUACCGGAGGUCAACAGCCGAGCACGACGGCCUCGACCACUCCGCGGGUUUACUCGAGACAUUCCCACUCGACUCAGGGCCAGCAGCCGGCUCCGCUAGUUUUAAGUUUGCAACAGAUCCAGGGCGGCGGCGGCCUUCUCAUACUCAACAGUCAGCCAUAUCAUCACCAGCAGCAGCAGCAGCAGCAGCAGCAGGUCCAGCAACAGCAAGCGCAGAGCCAACAGCAGCAGCAGAGUCAGAACCAGCAGGUGGAGAUGCAGCAAGUGACGGAUCAACAGCAGCAACACGUCGUGCAGCAGCAGACCAGCGUCGAUCGCGAGCAGCAGACGCAGCAGCAGCAGCAGCAGCACGAGAUCGACUCCAAGGACCCUAGUCACGGAACCGGCAUCGCGUCCGACUGCUCGGGCUCGCAGCAGUCGGCGGUCGUGGCCGACUUCGUGGAGACGCUGGACUUGAGCCAGGAGGACAUCCAGCGCACGCUGUCGGCGAACAUGGUGCACCCAUCGCCGUCGCCCUCGCCGGCCGACAACAGCAUCAUCAAUCCGAUGGACUUCAUCGACUCGACGGACGACGUGCUGGUGAACCUCGACGCUUUCGACAUGUUCAGCGACCUGCCGGAGCUGCACGACUUCGAGGCCGCGGCUAACGAGGCCGAGAGCAACCACAAGACUGAUAGUAGCGUGCGGAUCAGCCCCCCCGAGAGCGCCGAGCCCGGACACGGCUGCCACCCGACCGCUCCCGUCCACAUCGCCGAGUACAGCCCCGAGUGGAGCUACACCGAGGGCGGCGUCAAGGUGCUGGUGGCGGGGCCGUGGACGGGCGGCGCUUCGCAGUCCUACUCGAUCCUGUUCGACGGCGAGCCGGUGGAGGCCUGUCUCGUGCAGCCGGGGGUGUUGCGCUGCAGGUGUCCGGCGCACGCGGCGGGGGUCGCCUCGCUGCAGGUCGCCUGCGACGGCUUCGUCGUCUCGGACAGCGUCGCCUUCGAGUACCGCAGGCCGCCCCAGAGCGAACCUAGUCCCGAGAAGGCUCUGCUCGAUCGACUGGCCGACGUUGAGACCAGGCUCCAGGGACCAGGGCCACCCUCGCCGGCCGCGCAUCUCGAGGAGAGGCUCGUCGCCUACUGUCAGGACGCGGUGGUGAGACCCUGGCGCACCGGCGCGGAGCCCCUGCAGUCCGGCGGGCCAACGCUGCUGCACCUGGCGGCGGGUCUGGGCUACUCCCGACUGGCCUGCGCGCUGCUGCACUGGCGCGCCGAGAACCCCAGCAGUGUGCUGGACGCCGAGGUGGACGCGCUGAGGCAGGACGCCGCAGGUCUGACGCCGCUAGCCUGGGCCUGCGCCGCUGGACACGCCGACACCGCGAGGAUCCUCUACCGAUGGAAUGCGAUGGCGCUGCGCGUGCGAGAUUGUCAGAACAGGAGCGCGACCGAGCUCGCCGCGGAGAACGGCCACACGCUUAUCGCCGAAGAGCUGAAUCGCUUGGAAGCUCGCCGGCAAGACGAGAGGCUCUUCUUGAGACCGGCCAGCCCGAGCCCUAGGAGGCCUUCCCAAGACAGCGGUCUCGAUCUGGCUCUCUGUGGCUCGCCGCUCCUGGACAAUAUGGAGCUGCUGCAGGACGACGAUUCGUCGUUGGGCCUCGGCCAGCAGGGCAUGGAUAGCUGCCCUAGUCCCCCGGAGUCCGUAGGGGAGGAGGAUGCGAGGGUCUUGACCUUGGCCGAGCAAAUUAUAGCCGCUCUGCCCGAGAGGAUCAAGAGAGAGCAAUGUGACCCCCCGUCUCCGUCCUCGCCACCGCCGCCACCGCCGUUGCCGCCACUCGAGGAUGCCUUGAUGGAGCAAAUGCCAUUAGACAGCGGCGAGCUGUUCGACUCGUACCGCGAGUGCAGUGGCGGCGCGGCCUCCGUCUCCGACGCGGACGCUGAGGCCUCGCCCUCCUCGCCGUCCAGCAGCUGCCUGACUCCUGACUCGCCCUCGCCACCCCCGACCACGGCCGACUUCUGCGACUUCCUCCAGCUCCAGCUUCAGCUGGACAACGGCGCCGGUAGCAGCAACUGCUCGACCGACAAGAUCAUAGGUAGCGCCGCCAUCGCCGCCAGCAACGGCUCCCAGCAGCAGCAGCAGUCCGAGGGCGAAGCCGAUCUCAGCAGGCUGACCCUCUCGGAUCGGGAGCAGAGGGAGCUCUACCAAGCCGCCAGGAUGAUCCAGAAGGCUUACAGGAGCUACAAGGGCAGGCAGAGGCAGGAGGAGGCCGAGAGACACGCGGCCGUGCUCAUCCAGCAGUAUUAUCGGCGGCACAAGCAGUACGCUUAUCACAGGCAAGCGACCAAGGCCGCGAUGGUGAUCCAGAGCAACUACAGGAACUACCGAUCGAGGCCUGGAUCGGCGACCAGUGCCAGACAGCAGGCGGUACACCAACAAGCGGCACAUCAGGCUGCAAGGAAGAUCCAGCAGUUUAUGCGGCAAUCAAAAAUCAACCUGUCAUGGGACGACUCGCGACCGACUGCAGAACGCCAGGGCCGUCGCAAGCGCGAGCGGGAGGCAAGCGGUCCAGCCGGGCACUUCCAGGGUGGCUGCUGUCCCCCCAAGCUCGCACUCAUCUAGCCCAGGUGCCAGCCUGGCAGCCGGCAACUGUCCCGAGCCGACCUAGUCAACUGCCAGCCGCACCAUCAACUUCACCAGGACAUCCUCGAGCUAUCAUCGGCCAUGCGCAGGCAAACCGCUGCCGGGCGCACUUAGCCGUAGAUUCUCCAAAGCUCUUAUGCUCUUCCCAGCGCGUGCAGCUCUCGCUCUCUGAUGAUCGAUCGAUUGUGACUCUAUUAUGCGAUACCGAUUCUGGAGUAUAACGAUUCAGCUUACACGAUUUUUCUUCGUACUAUCCGCUCGCAGGCUGCAGAUAUGCACCUUUCGCCCCGCUCGCAUCCCCCGACUACUCUUAUCAAUAUUUUUCUAUAAACGAAAGUGCAGCAAGGUGUAGGUGUAGGUUAUUAUCAACUUUUGUCGGCGAUCGCCAAAAGUUCCUUUUUAUAAAACGACGACGACGACGAUGUAGAAGAAAAAAAAAAGACAAAGGAAGAGACUCGCGCCGUAGAGGAGGCGCGAUUUGUUAUUGAUUGUAUUCUUUAAGUAGUUAGGUGUACGAUAUGCGCGUGAGCGUAUAGUACAGCGUAAUCGAGUACCUGAAAAAAAUUUAGUCACUUGGAGGAGCAGGAGGACGUCGCGCGCCAGUCGCGUUGACGCGUGUAAUUCUUUUCGUAUACACUGCACACACACACUUGCACCGUCUAUCUCUCUUUCUCACGACAUAGUUUCUUUUUUCACGUUGAUACACACACAUCUCACUUUCUCGUAUAGAGCGAUAGCGUCGCUUCUCGUACAAGGCUAAAUUCGCAGAAAUCUUAAUCUCUCUCUCUCUCUCUCUCUCUCUCUCUCUCUCUCUCUCUCUCUCUCUCUCUCUCUCUCUCUCUCAAAGCUUUAUAAUCGAGCUCAUCGAAAGCCGUGUAGAUUAUUAUAGCGCGCACUUUUGUAAUAACUCGACAAAGGAGAUUUAACAAAAUAAUGUAGAUAACUCAGAGAUGUAAGCGGUUUGCGAGUCGAGACACACGCAGAGAGCGAGGCGACGGCAGUGAGUCCUGCGCAUGGGGCGAAAGAUCCACCACUGUUGCGAGUCUUUUGUACAAUUAUGAUUUUCUUGUCUUUCGUGGCUCGUUUGCGUAUACGAUUUUAAGCCGAGCUCUGGAUAGUUGUUUUCUUCUUCUUUUCUAUACUUCGAUCCAGUGUCGUCGAGCCGUAUUGUAUACGGCGCUUUAUUAUGUAAAUGAUACGUUUCUUUUUUACGUCCAUGCAUCUAUAUACGUGCGUUUAUCCGAUAUAAUGCAGUUGGCAUUGUACGAUAGUUUUUAACCGUUAUCUUAGCGUACGAUUAUACUUUAAGCGUUUAUUAUACAUUGUUCGAUUGUUGAAAUUCAAAGAGCGAUUUAUCUAUGUAUAUUUCGUUACUGUGUGUUACAAAGAUUUGCGGUGCGUCCUCGUGACACACCACGAGGGUCUUAUAAAAGAGAUGAGAAGCAUAAAGUAUUUUUUUUCGUUUCUAGUUGUAACGUAUAUAAGACCGCGAGCUAGAGAACGGGAAAAUUGUCGCUUUCGUACUCUUUACCUCUGGCGAGAGUGUGAUACACGAGCUAACGGCGAGCGUUCGGUAUAA